UCAGGAGGCGGAAGUGUGGCGGGGGCGGGAAGGUUGUAGAGCUGCACGUUGUGCUAGGUUUGCCGGUCUGGAAGUGGUCGCGCCCCCUUGGAGAGCGCGAUCCCACGGUGAGGCCGUCCCUGACGCACUCGCGUCCCCGGUGAUUGUAAAGUGCUGACCACUUGCCACUGAACAUAGUUGAAACAGAAAAUAGGAAGAUGGCAGCAAACCCUUCAGGACAAGAGACUUUCAUAAAGAGGCCUAAAAGUGAGAACUAAGAAAAUCUCCACUCCCAGAGAUUGACUGCGCAGGAUAGAGGUUUUCAAAACAAAAAUAGAGUUGCAAUCUUGGCAGAAUUGGACAAAGAGAAAAGAAAAUUACUAAUGCAGAACCAAUCUUCAACAAAUCAUCCUGGAGCUAGCAUCGCACUUUCGAGACCCUCUCUUAAUAAGGACUUCCGGGAUCACGCUGAGCAGCAGCAUAUUGCUGCCCAGCAGAAGGCAGCGUUGCAGCAUGCACAUGCCCAUUCAUCUGGAUACUUCAUAACUCAAGACUCCGCAUUUGGGAAUCUUAUUCUUCCUGUUUUACCUCGCCUGGACCCAGAAUGAAGAAAUUAUUUGUAAUGACAUUGACUUUGUAAUAUCAAACGCCAAAGCUACUAUCGUUCAGUGCUAUACAAGCUGUGACUUUCAGAAUCGGUGAACUUAAUACUUUUUACUUCCUUAAAAGAAAGGUAUGUGUAAGUGAAAGCAAAAAAGAAAAGGUAACCCGGAUGAUGAGAGCUUUGGAAGCUGUAUUAUCUAAGGACUGAUUAUGCUACUGUGACUGUAACUUACUUGUAAUGCAGUUUGAUUUUAAGGCUAAAUCAGACUCUGAAUUAGAUGGUCACAUAAACUCACUCCCCAGCCCUAAGCCCCCAAAUAGUUGGACUGAGUACAUCAUGUCCACAAGAGACUUAUAAAAGCCAUUUAUAGUACUUUAAAGAAAUGAGGGUGCUUUUUAAAAUGUGAACCAAAAGGUUUAAAUAAGUUACAUUCAUAUUUGCUGUGCAUAGAAUUGGUAUCAGUGUACCUUUUGAGUUUAUGGUCAGCAUGUCAUCCUGAAAUAUUCUUUAACUCAUAACUGUUCCUUAUUUUCAGUUUUAAAAGAAAACCCAAGACUAAGUUUCUAAAUGAAACAUUUAUAAACCUAUGCCACUAUAAAUUAGGUGACAAAAUACUAUUAAAAAUAAAUAUAUGAAAUGUGGUGGUUUUAAAUUUUAUACAUGCUCUUAGUGUUACUACAAUGGUGUACCUGCAUGGUUUUAUUGUCCGUUUUUGUUCUAAUUAGAAACGUGUGCAAGCUGGGCCCCUUUUUAAUUCCUUUAAGAAGUUGGGUUAAGCAGUUUGUCAAUAUGACACAUCCUUAACAGAAUCUGGAGUGCUUGUUUAAAUAUGCAGUCCCUACAGCCUUACCCUAGUCCUAUAGAAUCAGAAAUCUCUUCAUUCAAAAUAAAGUCUGAAAACCAUGGGUUGGAGAAUUCAGUUUUCAUGAUAUAUGUUUACAAAUUCAUAGAUCUGUAGGUCUCUGAAACUUAGAGAUCAUUUAGCUAAAAUCUACAUUUUUUUUACUUCUAAUACUAUUCAAUUUAUUUUAUACUAUAUCACAGGUACAGUAUUUUAUAUACUGCUUAUAACUGACCUCAUCUUGGCCUUGAGUCCCCAUCCUCUCUAGUGGUAGGAUAAAAUUUAAACUUAAAUUUCCAGUUUGGGUCAGUAUUUAAUCAGAGUUCACCUCCCUUUUCAAAAAGUUUCUUCUCCUUCCCUAGACAUUUGCACCAACCACAUAGCCCCAUCUUGCCCAAACUAAUUAAAGCAGAAGUGGACAAAAGAAUUGGCUGUGCCAUUUAGAUGCUUUCUCUUGAAAAUUUGAAUUGAUUUUCUUCAUUUGGGUGAGUUGGCAGCUGUCCCCCUUGUAAUGGUCACCAUUGCGGCAAAGGUGCCCUGACUCCUGCUGCUGAGCUCCCUGGGGGCUCGGGCUCCAGUCCUGCCUCAGGUCUCACCAGCUUCCUUUAAUGGUCCUCACUUUUUUGAAUGUGACUAAGUUUCUGUUCUUUGUGAUACACGACCUACAUCCAUGGUUCUAAAUCUAUCUACUUGAUACUAGGGAGAUAGAAAAUUUGGAUUGUAGUUUUUAUACUAUCAAAGCCUCUACCUAAGGUGUGACUUUUAUAACUUAGGUCAAAGCGAUCUUUUUUCCAGUGAUAUCUUUUCUAGUGUCCUACCCUUUUAAAUAGGUGUUGCCUAAAUCAUGCACUCCUGGCUAGUAAACCCUUUCUCCCCUGCUCCUUUAAAUCAUUUUCAAAUUCAACUCAAUUCCAUAGGUAUUGAUUAAAAUCUACUCUGUAAAACCCUGUGUUUCGUGGAGGGGGGUGGGUAUGAUGAGUGAUACCUGCUCUUAAAGAGUUCCCAGUGGCAGAGCCUACUCUGGGGCAGCAGUAAUGCUACCGGAAGUCGGGAUGCAGUGAGUCGCGGGAGAGCAUCCUGGAGCCUGCAGCAGUCUAGAUAGGCCGGGAAGUACUGGCGUGAUUUUACCCGGCACGGAAGGGAAGAGCUGCUCCAGGUCAAGAUUUCAUAAUCAGAGAAGCAGGAACUAAGGCACCUGUGAGGACGACAGGACAUGGGAAAGGGCAGCAGUGGACUCCGUCAGAAGCCCUGAGAUAGUUUCAUUAUUGCUUCCCUUGGAUUAUGGGUGAAUUGGUCUAACUCGCUUUAUCUCUCUUUACAUGUCACUCCAUCUGCAAUAUAGGAAGAGAACACACUUUGUCUACUUCAUUAGAGUGACAGAAUGUAGUAAUAGGAGGUUUUGUUCCUUGAAUCUUGUUUCUCUGUGUUUGUGUAUGUGUCUUACUUAUGGUGUUUAUUGUAUGUUCCAUCAGUAGGUAAGAUCUCUGAAGGCAAGAAUUUUUGUUUCCCUCCCUCUUUGUUUACUACUGUAUUCUGCUUAGAAUAGCAUUUGGUAUACAGUAGAUGGUCAGUACCUGAUUGUUGAAGGAAGGGAGAAAGGAAGGAAGGACUAUAUAUGACCUGGGUGGUGAUGUAAAGGGUAUUUUUUUUUUUUUACUGUGUGUCAAGGUAAUAAAGUUUUGAAAGCCACUGCUACAUAAUACAGAUGAUAGUGCUUUGUAUGAUUCUGGAAUAAAAACUGAAAUGAUACAGUU